GAACAAAAUGCUCCGUAAGACCAUUCCUCUCUUCAAAAAACAAUCAUUGAUUGGAUCAACUGUUGUUUCAUUCAGAUCUGCCCACACCAAUGUUGAAGUCAAGCCAUCCACUCCAGUUAAACUCUUCAAGGUUACCAAUGAAGCUGUUACUACUGAUGAUUUGUUCACUUCUGGAAAGGUUAUUGUCUUUGGUGUCCCAGGUGCUUUCACUCCAGUCUGUUCAAACAAGCACGUUCCAAGUUACCUUAACAAUUCUAAAGCAUUGAAGGAAAAGGGUAUUUCCAAGAUUAUCUGCCUCAGUGUCAAUGAUAGUUUUGUCAUGAAGGCCUGGAAGGAAAAGGUUGCUUCUGGUAAUGAAGAAAUUGAAUUCAUUGCUGAUCCAUUGGGUGAAUUCACUAGACAAGUUGGUCUUGAAGUCGAUUUGACUGCCGCUGGUUUGGGAAAGAGAUCUAAGCGUUUCAGUAUGCUUAUUGAAAAUGGUAAAGUUAAGGAAUUGUUCGUUGAAGAUUCUCCAGGUCAAUUGGAAAAGACAACUGCUGAAAAUAUGCUCACUCUCCUCUAAAUGGUUUAUAAAUUAAUUUAUUACUUGUAU